AUGAAGUGGAUACUGUUCUUUGGGGACCUUAUUGGGUCCAGCAUCUGUGGCCAAGAAAAGUUUUUUGGGGACCAAGUUUUCAGGAUUAAUGUCAGAAAUGGAGAUGAGAUCAGCAAACUAAGUCAGCUAGUGAAUUCAGACAACUUUAAGCUCAACUUCUGGAAAUCUCCCUCUACCUUUGUGCCUGUGGAUGUCGUGUUCCCUUCUGUCAGUCUGCAGCCAGUCAAAUCCUUCCUGAAGUCCCAGGGCUUAGAGUACUUGGUGACUGUUGAAGACCUGCAGGCCCUUUUAGAUAAAGAAGAUGAGGAAAUGCAGUACAAUGAAGGUCAAGAACGGAGCAGUAAUAACUUCAACUAUGGAGCCUAUCAUUCCCUGGAAGCUAUUUACCAUGAGAUAGACAGCAUUGCCAGAGAUUUUCCUGACUUGGCAAGCAGGGUGAAGAUUGGGCAUUUAUUUGAAAACCGGUCAGUAUAUGUACUGAAGUUCAGCACUGGAGAAGGCAGGCAGCAGCUGACCAUUUGGCUGAAUUCAGGUAUCCAUUCCCAGGAGUGGAUCUCACAGGCCACGGUGAUCUGGACCGCAAGGAAGACUGUAUCUGAUUAUGGGAAGGAUCCAGCCAUCACCUCCAUCUUGGAGAAAAUGGAUAUUUUCUUGUUGACUGUGGCCAAUCCUGAUGGAUAUGUAUACACACAAACUCAGAACCGAUUAUGGAGGAAGACACGGUCUCUAAAUCCUGGAAGCUCCUGCGUUGGUACUGAUCCAAAUAGAAAUUGGAGUGUUAGUUUUGCAGGUAGAGAGGGAGCCAGUGACAACCCUUGUUCCGAAGUAUACCAUGGAGCCCACGCCAGUUCAGAAGUGGAGGUGAAACUGGUGGUAGAUUUCAUCCAGGAACGUGGGAAUUUCACAUGCUUCAUCGACCUGCACAGCUAUGCACAGCUGCUGACGUAUCCAUGUAGGUACAUGGUCAAAAAGGCCCCGGAUGCUGAUGAGCUGGAUGAGGUGGCAAGGUGUGUAGCCAAAGCUCUGGCUUCCCUGUCGGACCCUGAGUACCAACUGUGUCCUACCUGCACCACUGUCUAUCCAGCUAGUGGCAGCAGUGUUGACUGGGCAUAUGAUAAUGGCAUCAAGUAUGCAUUCACUUUUGAGUUGAGAGAUAUUGGGCACUAUGGCUUCUUCCUGCCAGCCAACCAGAUCAUCCCCACUGCAGAGGAGACCUGGCUGGGGCUGAAGACCAUCAUGGAGCAUGUGCGGGACAACCUCUCCUAG